AUGAAGACAUCGUUUGAAUCGAAAGCAUCGAGAAGAAAAUAUCGGUUCCCCGUCGGUUUGAUGUUAAUAGGAUUAGUAAUCCUCGGUUUGAUUAUAGCUGUAAUGUAUAUAGAAAAGCCAAAGAACUACCGUGACGCCGAUCCAUCGAUAGCAUCGCUUGUAAUUGUCACGUACCGAAGUAAUCGAACAAACUCGAAAUCAGCAAAAAUUGCGGUUACAGAUUCAUUGGCGACUGACUUUACGAAAGCUUUCCAUUUGCACGGAAUUCGUAUUCAUUCUGCUGAAUUUCGAUAUUUAUCUAAAGAAGAUGACAAAUUUCGAUGUGAUAAUGGCGUCGCGAUAAUUGGAGAUUAUUUUCAAAUAAUAUUUUCUCUGGAAUAUCCAUUCGAAUGUCAGACAUUCAGCUGUAAAGAUGGAUUGAUCACGAAACUUCAAUAUGAAAUCGCUAAUCAGUAUCAUACGAUGGUUUUAUCGGAAAAAGUCACCAACGGUAACAUGCGAAAUAUUCUGUUGAACUUCUGUUCGUUUUACAUCAAUUCCACAGGUGAACACAAAACGGGCAUUACAAAGAUAGUUGUCAAUUCACUAGACAGUAUGGGCGCUUAUGAAAGACUUCGAGGUGUAGCAUAUGGUCAAUUAGAUCCAACGAGUGCGUGCAACAGUAUCAUUACCGAUGUGCAGCUUGCCCCGCGUAAUAAAGCCGGUUUGGUCAACUAUUCCAUGGAUUUCUAUAUCCUUAAACCAGUCAAGUUAUCCGGUGGUAAUCGUAAAAUAUUCUUUGAAGUUAACAAUCGUGGCCGGAAAUUGUUCGGUAAAUUUGCUCAGAUAUCAGGUGGGAACAGUCCUUCGAUGGUCGGUGAUGUUGAGCGAAGCUUCCUUCUGAAACAAGGAUAUACGAUUGUAUGGAGUGGUUGGGAUCCAAGUGUUCCAUCGACUGGUGAUUCGAACUUGCUGCGUAUAUAUGUACCAAUCGCAAGAAAUUCAGAUGGCACAUCAGUAACAGGUCCUGUUUAUGAAUAUAUUGUGUUCGAUAAUCCGAUAAGUACGUCAUACAUGACGUCGUAUCAUACGAGUAGUACAGACACAAGCACUGCAACAUUAACAGUUAAAUAUCAUUUAACGGACACUCCGAUAGCAAUUCCGUCGAUGAAUUGGACAUGGACGAGUAGUAAUACGAUAGCUCUCUUGCCUUUGAACACACCAUUUCAACAAAGUGCAAUUUAUGAAUUGACCUAUACAGCCAAAGAUCCAUACGUUGCUGGCAUUGGAUUCGCUGCUACUCGAGAUUUUGUUUCGUUUCUACGCAGUAAAAGACCCGACAAUCCAUUAGCUGGUGGCAUCAACCGAGUCAUAUCUUGGGGUGCUUCUCAAGCAGCACGUUACAUGAACGAUUUUCUUUCGUUGGGUUUCAACCAAGAUUGCCAGGGAAAACAAAUCUUUGAUGGUACGUUCAACUGGAUGGGAGCUGGAAAUGGCGUUGGUCUUAAUUAUCGUUUCGCACAACCGCAGCGCACGGAACGCAAUCGACAGGAUCAUUUAUAUCCCGAAGCAGUGUUCCCAUUUACUUAUACUAUUCUUCGUGAUCCACUUACUGGAAAAAUUGAUGGUCGUAACGCUCGAUGUAUGCGAACCCGUACGUGUCCCAAGGUUAUGAACGUGAAUUCUGCUAACGAUUACUGGGUGAAGGCGGCUUCAUUGCUGCAUUCUGACCUUGGAGGUAAUGACCUACCCGACCCACCGAAUGUACGUUUCUAUUUGAUAUCUGGCACUCAGCAUGCUGAUCCAUCGCCGCCUGGCUCACAAGGAAUCUGUCAGCAGUUUGGCAACACUCUAGAUGCUACUCCUAUUCUACGUGCUCUCUUUGUUACAUUAGAUCAAUGGCUGGAUGGUAUAAGACCACCCCCAAGCUUAACUCCAAGUCGUUCGAAUGGAACUGCAACGUUCUCUGAUAUUACCCAUCAUUCGUCUCUUGGUAUUGGUCGUGUCUCACAACGAUCAUUGCGGUGGCCAACGAUCCCUAAUGUUCUUUACACUGGCUUGAUCACCAUCCGAAAUUUGUUCAAUUUCGGAUCAAAUUAUAGCCAAGGUUUUCUUAGUAUUAAUCCAGUUCAGUCGACAGGCAAAUACUAUUCGUCUUUCGUAUCGAAAGUUAAUGAAGAUGGCAAUGAAAUUGCCGGCAUACGGCUUCCGCCUAUCUCCGUGCCCGUUGCUACUUAUACGGGAUGGAAUCACCGUCGAAACGACUAUGGAGGUGAUGAUGGCUGUGAAGCGAUUGGUGCAGUCAUUCCUUUUGCUCCUGAUUUAGCUACGCGAAUGGCGAAAGGCGACACUCGCUUAUCAUUAGUAGAACGUUAUGAAGAUCAUGAUGCAUAUGUAGCAGCUGUAACUGUAGCUACCACUACUCUUGUCAAUCAACGCUUGCUACUGCCCACGGAUGCUACCACAUACAUUAACAAUGCAAAAUUAUCAAUUCAAAUUAUAAAUCAUCAAACUUAUGGAAACUAUACUUGGUAG